AUGACCCAGCGAUCUGCGUAUGAUCCAUAUGAUAUAGAGAAUAAUAAGCACAUCGAAGGAUUGCGCAGCGGCGGCUGGACAGUGUCGUCGUCACCGCCAGCAGCAAAGAUGAAGAUCACGCGGAGGAAGGCAACGAGCGAGUAUCCCGAGGGCCGUGGUGGGGCAGCAAGAAAGCCAAGGAGAAGACCACAAGCGCACCAAGAUGAGAGCCAGCUACUGCCGCAUCAGCAGCAGGCUAUGGGUGUCGUUAGAGUGUGCUCCGACUGCAACACCACAAAGACCCCCUUGUGGAGUGGUCCUUGUGGCCCCAAGGUGAAUUACCAAUGCAAUUGGGAAAUAAAAAGCCCUGAUCUGUGCUCGUUUGAGGUUUUCAGAACAAGUAGUUACAUUUUUGCAACCUAG